AGUGCUGCGCCUGAGGCCGACUCGACGGCGAGUGCAGGAGCCGAGAGCGUCCCUCACAGACACAUCUCCGCCUCGAAGGGCUCCCCGGCAGUCAGUCCUUCGGCCCUCGGUGGUUGUCGACUGCCGAUGCCGUGCCCCUGCGGAUGGCGCGGCUAAAAAGGCCGCUAAGAAGCCGCGGUCGCUGGCCUCCUUCCCGCGAGCGUCCUGUUGAGGGGACCCGACUUGGAGCAUGCCUUCGCUGAGCCCCUCCUGGGCGCGGGGAGCCGCGUCUCCGGAGAACCCCGUGUGACAGCACCGAGGAAGGGAGGGAGGAGGAGGAGGAGGAUGAACCACGUGGGUAGCCCCGCCAAAGCCUACGAUUUCUUGCUGAAGUUCCUGCUGGUUGGAGACAGCGACGUGGGCAAGGGCGAGAUCCUGGCCAGCCUGGAGGAUGGGGCCGCCGAGUCGCCCUAUGGCUACCACAUGGGUAUUGAUUAUAAGACAACAACAAUACUUCUGGAUGGCCGCCGAAUAAAGUUGCAACUCUGGGACACAUCUGGGCAAGGCAGAUUCUGCACCAUCUUUCGUUCCUAUUCCAGAGGAGCCCAGGGUGUGAUACUGGUAUAUGAUAUAACAAAUCGCUGGUCAUUUGAUGGCAUUGAUCGUUGGAUAAAGGAAAUAGAUGAGCAUGCUCCUGGUGUCCCCAAAAUUCUGGUUGGCAAUCGCCUGCAUCUAGCCUUCAAGCGCCAAGUCUCUACCGACCAAGCACAGGCCUAUGCUGAAAGAUUAGGCAUGACAUUCUUUGAAGUGAGUCCACUCUGCAAUUUCAAUAUCACCGAGUCCUUUACAGAACUUGCCAGGAUAGUGUUGAUGAGACAUGGGAUGGAUCGACUGUGGAGGCCAAACAAAGUCCUGAGCUUGCAAGAUCUUUGUUGUCGUGCCAUAGUUUCAUGCACUCCUGUGCACCUUGUUGACAAACUUCCGCUUCCUGUUGCCUUAAGAAGCCAUCUCAAAUCAUUCUCUAUGGCCAAUGGUCUUAAUGCUAGGAUGAUGCAUGGUCGUUCCUACUCCCUUACUGCCAGCAACAACAACAACAAAAGGAACAGCCUGAAGAAAGUUAAAAUCAUCCGUCCAAUCCAGAGCCCUCCAAAACACUACACCAGAAAUAGUUGUAAAAUCUCCUAAACCUAUGGUUGGAAAGCUCUGGUCAAAGACUUCAAAACAAUGACUAAUUGAGCAGCCUGGACUGCUGUAUGUCCUGAAAGAGAACAAAGGAAAAUGUUAUUUUAGAAUCGUUUGUUUUUAAUAAUGCUGCUUCCAAGUGCAUAAUACAUUAUUUGUGAAUGAAGGGAAAUGACACUGCUGUUUUUAUAUAUUGAUUUUUGAUGUGCAUGAAGACUUUAUGUGUUUUAUAAAGGGAAUAAUUUAUCAUAAUAGUGACACUAUAUCUCAGAGGUCACUGAGACAUUGCUAAAUUAAAUUAAAUAUUGUUUAGUUGGUUUGGUUUAUUUUCAUUUAGAUAGAAAGGAGUGUCAAUCUGUAAAUUCAAGCAGAAGUUUUAACCGCAGUGUAUUGUAUACAUUGUAAGAAAUACAAGUAGUAAAAUAAUUCUAGUAAUGUUGCAGUAAAGCAUCUCAUUCUGGUUUUGUACAGCUUUCCCAGUAAUUUUAAGUAAUACUUUGAGCUAUUAAUGUGUGUAUGCAAUAUGCACAAAAUUUGUCCCAUCCAUGUAUAAAAUAUUUGAUAAAGUUUUUGCUAUGUUGUUUAGGGAUUAAUCGGUGGGUUAUAUGCUUAUUUUUCUGGUAAAUCUACAAUUUUGUAUUGACUAUUCUAGUAAUCGGUUAUUGAGAGAGCAAAAGCCAAAGAUGUCAAGAUGUAUUUGCCACAUCAUUAAGAAGAGUGUGAUUUCAAAAGUGUUCUAUCAGGAAAAGAUAUUACUAUUUAAAAAUAAAAAUAAAACCUCUGA